CUACCGCGGCCACGGACAUUCAGGCUCCAACUACAUUUCCCAGAGGGCAGCGGUCACAGAGGUUCUUUGGCUUCCCUUCCGUUUUCAUGCGGUUCUCGCGCUGCGCUCGUUCUGGAUUCUCUGUUUUUCUCCACUAGAGGAGCCCCAAGGAGGACUGAUCAGUUUUUGCAGAUAAUCAAACCAUGACAUAUCUCUGGAUUCUCUGGAAUUUGAAUUUUUUUCAAUGGAGGAACACCACGGAGCACUGAUCAGGUCUUACCUUUCUAAAACCAUGACCUGUUUUCAGGAAUUAGUGACAUUCAGGGAUGUGGCCAUAGACUUCUCUCGGCAGGAGUGGGAAUACCUGGACCCUAUUCAGAGAGACUUGUACAGGGAUGUGAUGUUGGAGAACUAUAGAAACUUGGUCUCAUUGGCAGGACAUUCCAUUUCUAAGCCAGAUGUGGUUGACUUAUUGGAGCAAGGAAAAGAGCCCUGGAUAAUUUUGAGGGAAGAAACACAAAGACAGUACACAGAUUUGGAUUUACAUUGUGAGGUAAUCAGCUAUGUAGAAAUGUCUACUUAUGAAAAAGAUAUGUCUUCUACACAACAUCAGAGCACAUAUAACAGUGAGAAACUCUAUGAAUGUAAGAAAUGUCAGAAGAAAUUUAGUAGUGGCUAUCAAUUUAUUCUACAUCACAGGUUUCAUAUUGGCAGAAGACCCUAUGAAUGCAAGGAAUGUGGGAAGAACUUUUGUAGUGGUUAUCAACUUACCCUACAUCAGAGAUUUCAUACUGGUGAGAAACCCUAUGAUUGUACAGAAUGUGGAAAGAACUUUAAAAGUGGUUAUCAACUUACUGUACAUCAGAGAUUUCAUACUGGUGAGAAAACCUAUGAAUGUAGGGAAUGUGGGAAGGCCUUUAUUUAUGCCUCACACAUUGUUCAGCAUGAGAGAAUCCACACUGGCAGGAGGCCUUAUGAAUGUCAGGAAUGUGGGAAGGCCUUUAGUCAAGGUGGACACCUUAGAAUUCAUCAAAGAAUUCAUACCGGUGAGAAACCCUAUAAAUGUCAAGAAUGUGGGAAGGCUUUUAGUAGGCGCUCAAACCUUGUUGAACAUGGGCAAAUCCAUACUGAUGAGAAACCUUAUGUAUGUGAGAAAUGUGGCAAGGCCUUUAAAAGAGGUCACCAACUUACCAUACAUCAGAGUGUUCAUACUGGUAAAAAACCAUAUGAAUGUAAAGAAUGUGGAAAGGGCUAUACCACUGCCUCAUACCUUAUUUUACAUCAGAGAAUCCAUAAAGUUGGCAAACCAUAUGAAUGUAAGGAAUGUAAGAAAACCUUUACUUUGUAUAGAAAUCUUACACGCCAUCAGCGUAUUCACACUGGUGAGAAACUUUUUGAAUGUAAGCAAUGUGGGAAGUCCUAUACUACUGGCUCAAAACUUUUUCAACAUCAGAAAACUCACACUGGUGAGAAGCCCUAUGAAUGUAAGGAAUGUGGAAAGGCCUUUAGCUUGUAUGGAUACCUUCAUCAACAUCAGAAAGUCCAUAUUGGUGUGAAACAAUUUGAAUGUAAGGAGUGUAAAAAAACCUUUACUUUGUAUAGAAAUCUUACUCGACAUCAGAGUAUUCAUACUGGUAAGAAACUUUUUGAAUGUAAGGAAUGUGGGAAGGUCUAUAGUACUGCCUCAAACCUUGUGCAACAUCAGAAAACUCAUACUGGUGAGAAACCCUAUGAAUGUAAAGAGUGUGGUAAAACCUUUAGCUUGCAUGGAUAUCUUAAUCAACAUCAGAAAAUCCAUACUGGUGUGAAACCCUAUGAGUGUAAGAUAUGUAGGAAAACCUUUACUUUCUAUAGAAACCUUACCCUACACCAGAGUAUUCAUACUGACGAGAAACCUUUUAAAUGUAAGGAAUGUGGGAAGACCUUUAGACGUAGUUCACACCUUACUGCACAUCAGAGUAUUCAUGCUGAUAAGAAACCCUAUGAAUGUAAGGAAUGUGGGAAGUCCUUUAAAAUGUAUGGCUACCUUACACAACAUCAGAAAAUUCAUACUGGUGGGAAACCCUAUGACUGUACGGAAUGUGGGAAGGCCUUCAGUCGUGCUUCAAACCUUGUUCAACAUGAGAGAAUUCAUACUGGUGAAAAACCCUACAUGUGUAAGAAGUGUGGGAAAGCCUUCAGAUAUGGUUCAGCCCUUAAAGCACAUCAGGGAAUGCAUACAGAUGUGAAACUCUAAGAACAUAAGGAAUGUGACAAUGCCUUUAAAAAACAUUCGUCUUUUACUCUACAUCAGAAAAUUCAUACUAGAGAGAAACCCUAUGAAUGUGACAAAUGUGGGAAGGCCUUUAGUCAAUAUACAGACGUUACAGUACAUCGGAGAAUUCAUACUGGUGAGAGACCCUAUGAAUGUGAGCAAUGUGGAAAUUCCUUUAAUCGUGCAUCCAACCUUCUGCAACAUCAGAGAAUUCAUAUUGGUGAAAAACCUUAUAAAUGUGAGGAAUGUGGAAUGACAUUUAGUCGUAGGAUGGACCUUAGAGUUCAUAAGAGAAUUCAUACUGGUGAGAAACCCUAUGAAUGUGACAAAUGUGGGAGGGCCUUUAGUCGUGCUUCACAUCUUACUCAACAUGGGAGAGUUCAUACUGGUGAGAAAUCCUAUGUAUGUAAUGAAUGUGGGAAGGCCUUUAGUCAGGGUGGAAGACUUAGAAUACAUCAUAGAAUUCAUACUGGUGAGAAACCCUAUGAAUGUAAGGAAUGUGGGAAGGCUUUUAGUCAAGCCUCUCAUCUUGUGCAACAUGACAGAAUUCAUACUGGUGAAAAACCCUAUGAAUGCCAUGAGUGUAGGGUGACCUUUAGCCAUGGUAUAGAUCUUAGAGUACAUAAUAGAAUUCAUACUGGAGAGAAACCCUACAAAUGUAAGGAAUGUGGGAAGGCCUUUAGUCAUGCCUCAAAUCUUGUUCAACAUGAAAGGAUUCAUACUGGUGAGAAACCUUAUAAAUGUAAAGAAUGUGGGAAGGCCUUUAUCCAUGGUGGAAGCCUAAGAAUGCAUCAGAGAAUUCAUACUGGUGAGAAACCCUAUGAAUGUGACAAAUGUGGGAAGGCCUUUAGUCAAUAUACAGACGUUACAGUACAUCGGAGAAUUCAUACUGGUGAAAAACCUUAUAUGUGUGGAAUGACAUUUAGUCGUAGGAUAGACCUUAAAGUUCAUCAGAGAAUUCAUACUGGCAAGAAACCCUAUGAAUGUGACAAAUGUGGGAAGGCCUUUAGUCGUGCUUCACAUCUUACUCAACAUGGGAGAGUUCAUACUGGUGAGAAAUCCUAUGUAUGUAAUGAAUGUGGGAAGGCCUUUAGUCAGGGUGGAAGACUUAGAAUACAUCAUAGAAUUCAUACUGGUGAGAAACCCUAUGAAUGUAAGGAAUGUGGGAAGGCUUUUAGUCAAGCCUCUCAUCUUGUGCAACAUGACAGAAUUCAUACUGGUGAAAAACCCUAUGAAUGCCAUGAGUGUAGGGUGACCUUUAGCCAUGGUAUAGAUCUUAGAGUACAUAAUAGAAUUCAUACUGGAGAGAAACCCUACAAAUGUAAGGAAUGUGGGAAGGCCUUUAGUCAUGCCUCAAAUCUUGUUCAACAUGAAAGGAUUCAUACUGGUGAGAAACCUUAUAAAUGUAAAGAAUGUGGGAAGGCCUUUAUCCAUGGUGGAAGCCUAAGAAUGCAUCAGAGAAUUCAUACUGGUGAGAAACCCUAUGAAUGUGACAAAUGUGGGAAGGCCUUUAGUCAAUAUACAGACGUUACAGUACAUCGGAGAAUUCAUACUGGUGAGAAACCUUAUAAAUGUGUGGUGACAUUUAGUCGUAGGAUAGACCUUAAAGUUCAUCAGAGAAUUCAUACUGGCAAGAAACCCUAUGAAUGUGACAAAUGUGGGAAGGCCUUUAGUCGUGCUUCACAUCUUACUCAACAUGGGAGAGUUCAUACUGGUGAGAAAUCCUAUGUAUGUAAUGAAUGUGGGAAGGCCUUUAGUCAGGGUGGAAGACUUAGAAUACAUCAUAGAAUUCAUACUGGUGAGAAACCCUAUGAAUGUAAGGAAUGUGGGAAGGCUUUUAGUCAAGCCUCUCAUCUUGUGCAACAUGACAGAAUUCAUACUGGUGAAAAACCCUAUGAAUGCCAUGAGUGUAGGGUGACCUUUAGCCAUGGUAUAGAUCUUAGAGUACAUAAUAGAAUUCAUACUGGAGAGAAACCCUACAAAUGUAAGGAAUGUGGGAAGGCCUUUAGUCAUGCCUCAAAUCUUGUUCAACAUGAAAGGAUUCAUACUGGUGAGAAACCUUAUAAAUGUAAAGAAUGUGGGAAGGCCUUUAUCCAUGGUGGAAGCCUAAGAAUGCAUCAGAGAAUUCAUACUGGUGAGAAACCCUAUGAAUGUGACAAAUGUGGGAAGGCCUUUAGUCAAUAUACAGACGUUACAGUACAUCGGAGAAUUCAUACUGGUGAAAAACCUUAAAUGUGUGGAAUGACAUUUAGUCGUAGGAUAGACCUUAAAGUUCAUCAGAGAAUUCAUACUGGCAAGAAACCCUAUGAAUGUGACAAAUGUGGGAAGGCCUUUAGUCGUGCUUCACAUCUUACUCAACAUGGGAGAGUUCAUACUGGUGAGAAAUCCUAUGUAUGUAAUGAAUGUGGGAAGGCCUUUAGUCAGGGUGGAAGACUUAGAAUACAUCAUAGAAUUCAUACUGGUGAGAAACCCUAUGAAUGUAAGGAAUGUGGGAAGGCUUUUAGUCAAGCCUCUCAUCUUGUGCAACAUGACAGAAUUCAUACUGGUGAAAAACCCUAUGAAUGCCAUGAGUGUAGGGUGACCUUUAGCCAUGGUAUAGAUCUUAGAGUACAUAAUAGAAUUCAUACUGGAGAGAAACCCUACAAAUGUAAGGAAUGUGGGAAGGCCUUUAGUCAUGCCUCAAAUCUUGUUCAACAUGAAAGGAUUCAUACUGGUGAGAAACCUUAUAAAUGUAAAGAAUGUGGGAAGGCCUUUAUCCAUGGUGGAAGCCUAAGAAUUCAUCAGAGAAUUCAUACUGGUGAGAAACCCUAUGAAUGUGACAAAUGUGGGAAGGCCUUUAGUCAAUAUACAGACGUUACAGUACAUCGGAGAAUUCAUACUGGUGAAAAACCUUAAAUGUGUGGAAUGACAUUUAGUCGUAGGAUAGACCUUAAAGUUCAUCAGAGAAUUCAUACUGGCAAGAAACCCUAUGAAUGUGACAAAUGUGGGAAGGCCUUUAGUCGUGCUUCACAUCUUACUCAACAUGGGAGAGUUCAUACUGGUGAGAAAUCCUAUGUAUGUAAUGAAUGUGGGAAGGCCUUUAGUCAGGGUGGAAGACUUAGAAUACAUCAUAGAAUUCAUACUGGUGAGAAACCCUAUGAAUGUAAGGAAUGUGGGAAGGCUUUUAGUCAAACCUCUCAUCUUGUGCAACAUGACAAUCAUACUGGUGAAAAACCCUAUGACUGCCAUGAGUGUGGGAUGACCUUUAGCCGUGGUAUAGAUCUUAGAGUACAUCAUAGAGCUCAUACUGGAGAGAAGCCCUACAAAUGUAAGGAAUGUGGGAAGGCCUUUAGUCGCAUCUCAAACCUUGUUAGGCAUGAGAGAAUUCAUACAAGUGAGAAACCAUAUGAAUGUAAGGAAUGUUGGAAGGCCUUUAGUCAUAUUGAAAGCCUUAGAGUGCAUCAUAGAAUUCAUACUGGUGAGAAACCCCAUGAAUGUAAAGAGUGUGGGAAGGCUUUUAGUAGUGGCAAUCAACUAAUUAUACAUCAUAGAUUUCAUACUGGUGAGAAACCCUAUGAGUGUAAGGAAUGUGGGAAGGCUUUUAGUGUGUAUGGACGACUUACUCGACACCAGAGUAUUCACAGUGGUUAGAAAUCUUUUGAAUGUAACACAUGUAGGAAGUCUUUUAGGCUUAGUUCAAGUCUUAAAGCACAUGAGAGAAUUCAUACUGGAGAGAAGCCUUAAUAAUAUAAGGACUGUGGAAAGGCAUACAUAUGCAGUAGAGAAUGUAUAGUACAUCAACUUUAUAACACUGAGAAACAGUGUGAAUGAGAGGAAUGUGGGAAUGCUUUUAGAUAUGGUUCAGUUCUUAUAAGGCAUUAAAUAAUUUAUACUGGUGAGGACUCCUCAAAAUGUAAAUAAUAUUUGGAAUGUUUUCAUUAUGAUUCAAAUGUUGCUCAUAGUAAGAAUUUUUUUUUUACAAGAAUGUUCAGUUCAGCUUUAUUAAUGGUAACAUAUUUGCAAACAACCUAAGUGUUCAUCAGCUGGUCAGCAGGUGAACAGAUAGUGGUGUAUUUGUAUAGUGCAAUGCUAUUCAGCAAGGAAAAGGAAUGUACCACUGCUACUUGGGGCAGCAUGUAUGAAUCUUAAGAGUGUGCUCGUUGAAAGAAGCCAGUCACAAAAAGUCCAUACAUAUCAUUUUUAUGAAAUUCAAAAAUAGGCAAAAUUAAUCUGCGGGAACAAAUCAGCAUAGUGGUUCACUUGCGGUGGGGAGGAGGAGGAUAGAGUAGAAAGGGACCUUUGGAAAUUCGGGCCUGUGGUCUAUACCUGCACUGAUAAUAUCAUAGCUAUUAGCUACAUGUGACUAGUAAGCACUGGAACUAUGGCUAAUUCAAAGUAUGAUAUGCUGCAAACAUAAAAUACACAGCAGAUCGAAGCCUUAUGAAACACAUGUAAAAUACCACAUUGAUGAUAUUUUUAAAAUCAAUUCCAUAUUGAAAUCGUAGUAUUUUGGGUAUAUUGGGUUAAAUAAAACAUAUUUAAGUUAAUUUCAUCUGUCUCCUUUAACUUUUUUAAAUGUGGUUACUUGAAGAUUUAAAAUUGAAUAUGUGGGUCACAUUCUAUUUCCAUGGUCUUUCCAUCUUGAUCGGGAUGGCAGUUACAGCAGUGUGUACAUCUGUCAGAAAUCAUUGAACACUAAGAUUAAGAUCUGUACUUUUAGUCAUGUGUUAUUAUACUUUAUAAAACAAAACUAAAAGCUAUAUUUUUCAUGCUAGUUAUCAUAUUUGGCAUUCAGCAUUCAUUACAUUGUAUGUGAAACUUCAAAAUCACCUUACAAUGUAGCUGAUAUUUGCUGAAAAGUCUAGGGAGUCUAAGUAACCUCCAAAUUGACGUAGAAAUAUGUGGCAAUAUGGAGUUUCGAAUGCCCUGUGGUUCGACUGUAUUUCUUAUGCUUUUCCCAUUUGAUCAUGUUGCUUUACCAAUGAUGAUAAAAACAUGAGUAUACUUUGGGACACUUUGUUUUGUGACCAAAGCCAUUGAUUUCUAAACCUGUGCUCUGGGAGGUGGUGCAUGAGUAGUAACAUUUUGGAAAGAUAAUUCUGUAAGUGCAUAGGAAUCUAGUAGCAUUAUCCUGAGGUUUCAGGGAGGAAAAUAACUUGUAAUCUAAACAAAUUGCCUGCCGUUGGAGGGGCAACAGCUCUGGUGUGUGUAGACAUGAAAAUCAAUACAUUGCCCUGAAAAGCAGGGCUCAUUCACUUUUAACAUUUUCUCUCUCAAGUCUUGAGAUGGGACCGUGAGGCUGGACUGGCCCUCUGUUUUCUUAAUCAGCUGUGAGGCUGUUGGAGCAAAAAUUAAUGGGCGUUGCAGGACCAUGCAGGAUCAAAAGCUCUUUCAUCUUGCCCAGCACCAAGAGGGUGUUGUAUUUUCAAAGUGUAGUAUUGUACAAUUGAGCAAUAGAGAGGAGGGGAGGGGCCUUUGCUGGGGAUUCUUGACCACUGUAAGAGUUCACUUUAGGCCAUUUGUCACAGCGGUAAUUUUCCCAGAAAUACCCUAUGCCAAGGUAAUGUUUUUGCUAUACUAUCCUCUUUUAUCAAUUUUUCUUUUUUUUUUUUUAAGAUUUUCAUUUAUUUAUUUGACAGCGAGAGAGGAAA